ACAACAGUACGGGAGAGAUUUUGGCGUGUGCUGGCCAAUGGCUUGCCGAGGCACAGAGUUUUGGGGGAGUGCAUAAUAAUCAACAUAUUAGCCAAGGUGCUUUUUAGAUAUCGAUCCUCUAUAGCGAGCUAGUUGGAAUAAUCUCACCGUGUGGACUUUUGGAGGCUUCAUAGCUCAGCGUCGUUUUUGGUGCUUUUCCUUUGACGAGCAACAUGCCGAAGAGGAAGUCUCCUGAGGGCUCUGAGGGCAAAGACAGCUCCAAGGUCACCAAACAAGAGCCCACCAGGAAGUCUGAGAGGUUGUUAGCGAAGCCUGCGCCCCCAAAGGCCGAGCCCAAAGCCAAGAAGGUCGUCAUCAAGAAAGUGGGCAAUGAAAAGGGGGCGAAGGCACGGAAAGGCUCCGCCAAAGGGAAAAAAGAAGAUAGCCCUGCCCAGAAUGGAGACGCCAAGACUAACGAGAUCUUUGUGUGUCGUCCAUCAGUCAGUGUGUCUUCCAUCAGAAGCUCAGCUCCCUCCACCAUGUCAGUGCGAGGGCAGAGCGAGACAGUCAAAGUGAAGGGCAACUGAAGCUGCCGAGGAAGCAACCGAGGAAAAGGCAUAGGAGGCAACAAGCACUACUUUCCCCUUCUUUUUCCUACAGUUUUUUUUGUAAAAUGCUGAAUUUUUGUAGACUUCAUAGAUACUAGAGAUGAAUGACCAGCGUCCCCUAAAAUUCCCAUCUUAUGUCCACACUCCUCUGUACUUCCUAACACUACCUUUACAAUCAAAACUGGAUGUUUUGAUAUUUUUCCUUUUUUUUUUUUUUUUUUACGGUGAGAUGACUGCUUAUGUUCUUCAUCGUGAUCUCCAUGUUAGUCAUACUAUUUUAGUACUAGUAGUCAUAUUUUUUGAGAAAGCGGCGGUCGCCAUGGGGAACACCUGCAGCAUUUUUACAGCUUUUCAGAAUGGUGCAUAGCUCCGUUUUGUUAGUAUGUGCUGAGCUGGACGAGAUAGUGGGUCUCUUUCUUGAUUUUGACUUCCCAACCUUUUCCCUCCCCUACCUCCACCCGAAUCCCCUUGUCCUUCAACAGAGUGACAUAGCAAUAAGCAUCGGUGCUUGUGUUCUGUUGAGAAAGUAUUUUCAAAUAAAAAGAAAAAAGUGA